AUGUGUCAUCAUCGGAAGAUUAUCUAUCAGUGCAACCACACUGCCAUGGACCCCUCUCCCCUGAAGGUCUGCGAGGUGCAGCGGGACUACGAGUCGGGGUCAAGUCCGGGGUCAUGCGAAGUUGUUGAGACACAUGGAUUGAGUAACUUCAGAGUUCCUCGUUUUUGCUCACCUUGUCAUGACAAGAAGACAAGCCUUGAUAGCCGGAUUAGCCAGGCAAAGUCGCUGAUAGCAGACCUGAAGAAGCAGUUAAGCGAAAGCUACGGCCAGUGUGUAUUGCAUAUGGAAGAGGCUGGCCUGGAAUCUGAGAAGAAACAGGAAACUACGCUGGAGGUCUCAAAGGAGGCGACCACUGUAGAGUCGGGUAGUGAUGACAACGAUCCUGAUGAAACAAUGGAGAAAAUCGACCCUGUCGAGGAGUUCCUAAAGAAGAAGAAACAGGAAAGUUAUGCUCAUCUCAUGAUGAUCUCGGAUUAUAAGUGA